AUGAGGCCGAAAAUCCUAGCGCGACGACCGCGCAUCUUCCGUUCGUUCCUAUCGCGCUCGAACCUCACCAAGCUCUCCCUCGCCGUCUUGAUCUGGACUCUCAUCGAAGCACACGUCAUAUACUACCGCAUCGCACGCGCUGAUCGCGAAGCUCGAGCCCACGCUGUUCUGCAUGAGCCCAUUCGUGUGUUCAUUGCCAGCCUUCAUUGGAAUAACGAGAAGAUUCUACGGAAUGGUUGGAAUAAAGGGGUAGUGGACCUGGUCAACACUCUUGGUCAUGACAAUGUCUUCGUCAGUGUUUACGAAAGUGGCAGUUGGGAUAAGUCCAAGGAUGCGCUGAGAGAACUGGACCAAGAGCUGGGAAGGAUCGGUGUGGGAAGAAAAAUCGUGCUCGAGGAGACGACCCAUGCCGACCUCAUUAAGGGGCCGCCAGAGAAGGAAGGGUGGAUUGAAGUAUCUGAGGGGGCCAUGGCACUGAGGAGGAUACCGUAUCUAUCUAAGUUGCGGAAUAUCUCCCUUCAGCCGUUGUUGGAGCUCGCUGCGAAUGGGACUAGCUUCCACUAUGUCCUAUUCCUUGGUGACGUCUUCUUUACAGUUGAAGACAUCAUCACUUUGUUAAAGACAAACAACGGUCAUUAUGCCGCUGCCUGUUCCCUUGACUUCAGCAAACCCCCUCUCUUCUAUGACACCUUUGCCUUGCGGGAUGUCCACGGCCAUGAACAUGUCACUCAGACCUGGCCCUACUUCCGCGCCUCUAAAUCUAGAAUGUCUAUGCCGACCUCUGCCUUCACUGGCAUCCAAGGCUUGAAGUUUCGUGGCAUUGAUGACUCCCUUGCUGUGUACCACCUCGAGGGCUCGGAGUGUUGCCUGAUACAUGCCGACAAUCCUGCUUCACGAACCAAAGGUGUCUUUCUCAACCCAGCCGUGCGCGUUGGUUAUAAUCGCAAGGCUUACGAAACUGUACAUCCCCCACACGAGUUCAACACUGGGAGCAGGCUGCCCCUGGCCGCAAGGAAAGGGCGCCAGCCGCCGGCAGAAGCAGCGGGCACCUCUCACGGGCUGAUUGAGCUGGCCCUCUACUUCGCCUUGGCCUCUCAGCCAGCCAUCGGCUUCACGAACUAG